UCGCCCACAAAGAUGGUUAAUAAAGAUCAGUUUCUACUUAUAAUCAUUCAAAGCUCAUUCCUGUUCCAAUCAACAUCUUUUACAUUUGUUUUUAGUUUACUCUUGGAUUAAAAACAUGAUGUUGUUAAUUUUAUUUGUGAUUGGAUCAGCAAUAGCUGAAGACUACAUCCACGAUCCAAUUCAAUACCAAUCACAAGGCAACCAAGGAUCCUACAAUUUUGGAUAUGAUACUGGUUUAUACGGUUCUCAUCAAUUUCAUCACGAAACAAAAGAUGAUAAUGGUUUAGUUCGUGGUAAAUAUGGUUAUACCGAUCCUAAUGGGAAAUUGCGUUUAGUCCAUUAUACAUCAGGUCCCAAUGGCUAUCAAGUUUACCCUGAUUCACCAGUAAACAGCGUUCCAGUGGCCUCUCCAUCAGCUCAAGUGAGCAAAGUUUCUUCGAGGAUUACCUAUCCAGUAUCUAAAGUUGCGCCCAUAAAAUCAGCUAGACAAAUCGUUGUACCUCUGCCACCAGCCAAAACUGUCCAACGAGAACAUGUAGUUACCAAGACACACUUUAGUCCGGCUGAUACCUUUCGCGCUCGUUACACAAGUGGAUCAUUCAAAGGAGCCAAACGGGCAGAGGUUAAAGGAGGCUCUGUAGUUGUUGAAGAAUUACAACAACAACAAUCAUCACCAGUUGUAGCAGUUAAAUCACUAUCUAUUAAGAGUGCCAACCGUCCAAUACCGAUUACACCAGCUCAAUACAGAUCCAAAUAUCCUCCAGCUGGGCGAUACAGUCGUUGUUACUGUGAAUAGAUUAUAUUUUGUGAUGAUUUUACAUUUAUGGAUUCACGGACUUACCAUUUAUAUUUUUGAUGACUCUUUGAUCUGAAUAGUGAGGAAACAUGACCAAUAAGCAACUUAUAACUCCAACAAUCAUUUUAGUUUUCCUGCAAAUUGAUACUCAACCAGUCCCAAUCUCCAUCUAAUCAAAUUUAUUUCUCGGCCAAUGCGAUCUGUCUACGGAUUUUGGCAAUAAUCAAUCUUAAUUCAAUAACUUGAAUCUGAAUAUCGCAAUUUUUGUUCAUUGUAAAGUGAUGUUUAACUUUUCAAGCUUUUGUAUUUGUCUAAAGUGAAUAAACUAAAAUGAAAGAUUUAUUUCAAC